UCUGCGGUGAAUCGGUGUAUUUGUGAUUAUCAGUGUUAGCACGGACUUAGAUAACAAUUCUAAUAUAAUUCCGUGGACUUAGGCUACCACAUACGAACAAAAACGCAGACAAUAUGGCAAGUAACAGAUCCUUAUUGCGCGCCCAGGAACCCAUUUGCCACACCUGCGAUCUCUGUGACACUGACGAGGGGGUACGAUGGUAUUGUAACGAUUGCCAGGAGAAUUUAUGUGAGCUUUGUAUGGUAGCCCAUAAACGCGAAAGGAAAACUAAAAACGAUGACGUCGUGUCGAUAUGGGAGGCUAACCGUCAGGACGACAAGCCUGUAUCGGAAGAAUGCAAACUACAUCCUGGUAAGCUGUGUGACAUGUAUUGUUAUGAUUGUGACACGCUGAUAUGUUUGAUUUGUUUGGGGCAACUACAUGAACAACACAACUGCACAACUUUUGAAUACGAAUUUAGAACCAAAAAGAAACUUUUGCGAGAACAUAAGACAGCAAUAUCUGCUAGAAUUGAAGAUUUCAAGAACAUGAUAUCGACGCUUUACCAUGGUAACACCAUUUUUACCGAUAACAUUGAUACCAUGAGGAAAGAGGUUACCACACAACGGACAAAGCUGAAGUCAGAAAUAGAUUCUAUCGCCGAUGCAUUGCUGGCUGAGUUAUCGUCCCUAGAAAAAGAAGAAGCGACAAAGCACAAGAAAGAUGACCAACAGUUGGAGACAUAUAUCGGAGAACUAACGCGACUGCUUGAAGAAGCGGAAGUGACGCACACAUUUAGUAUGUCCAUGCUUAAAAUGGAAAGGUCAUUGAGGAAAACUCUGCCCUUGUAUGAUGUGAAUGUGAACGAUUUUUCGCCGAAACAACAAAGCUUUGUUACCGGAAGUAUCGACCGCGUCAUGUUGACAAAAAUGUUAGGUGAAUUAAACCACGCUAGCCAGUACGAGAAGACAGACAUCGACAGUAAACACGUCCAGUGUCUUUCUAAGUUUACUAUUACUCAACAAAAUCAGAUACUAGGUGUAUGCCCAGUCGACGACAGUCACGCGUGGUUAUCAAUAUAUCAAUACCAGGGUCUGGUACUGGUAAACAGGGAGGGAAUGGUCAAAGAGACUGUAGAACUGGACUUCUAUCCAAACAAUAUCGCCAUGGUCGGGACAACAGACAUACUCAUGACCACCUACCCACAAAGCACAUGUGUAUAUAAACUAUCAUUACACAACAAGCAAGUGACAAAAUUUGCAGACGUCACACCAAAUGAAGCAAAUGACGUCAGCAUCAAUGAGAGUGGCUAUGUGUUUGUUAGUACAGGUACACAAGACAUAGUGGUACUGAAUCAGGCAGGUACGUUUGUCAGGGAGGUGACCUGUGAAAUAAAUGUGUAUUAUACUGCAUGUUUGUCGUCAGGAGACGUUGCAGUGUUGGACUCCUGUAGUGUUUUUAUCCUAACAGACCUCUCGGGUACAACCAAGUAUAAAUGGGAUGGUGAACUCAACAACGGUCAAAAGGUGUGUGAUGUGCUCGUUAGUAGGAUAUCACGGGACAAAUACGACAGACUGUUUGUAGUAGACUACCAGAACAAUCAGGUGUAUGUCCUACCGAGAGAUAGUGCACAUGCCACGGAUCUCUUAGAUCAGAAACAUGGAGUGAGUGACCCAACAGCGGUGGGUGUGGACGCGUUCGGGAACGUGUGGAUCGGGUGUGAGGAUGGUACAGUACACGUGAUGCGACUGUAGAGUUAGAAAUUAUGUGAUUAUGAUAGAAAAUGUAGGUGGAUUUAUAUGUGUUUUAUAAUUAUCCCUUAAUGUUUUACGUAAACUAGAAAACUAUCACCACAAAUAGAUUUAGAAUAGUUCAUGUACCUGAAAUUUACAUGUUUGUGUGUCGUAAAGAUUUAAUUUGACAUUGAAGUUACAAAGAUGUGAAGCUGAAUAACUUGUAGCCUUAAGAAGUGAUGAUAAACUGUUUGUUUGGCUUAAUAGGAAUAGUAGGCAAUGUCAAGGAUGUGUAGUGGAGGGAUACGCAACUUCCUCUUUGCCUUAGUAAAUAUGUUCCAAGUGAGGUUGGCUUAUCUCCCUUGAUCGGUGUUCCAUGAUACGAGCGCCCCCUAGCGGACAAGUUAUGGCUUCAUCAGAGCGUGUUUGAAGCGUGAAAUUGGUGUGUAAACAAACCUAUGGCAAGCCAAGUUGUCAUUUAUGCAUGGAGCAAUGUUGAUCCAGUACUUAA